UUUCUUACUAGCCUUAAAAACGAGGAGGAUUUACAUCAUAACCUUAUAAGGAAGGCCACUAUACCUUUUACUAACGAAGAUUACGUACUAUUUAAAACGUAUAAUAAGAAGCGGGUUAAAAAGAUUUAUAGAGAAAGUAACUCGUCGGUUCAAAUUAUCCUAAUUAACGAAGGUAUAAGGGAUAUACUAAAUAAACUCCCUACCUUACCUUAA